AUGCCAGGUUCAGGGGUGACACAUCACACCCAUGGACAGGAGGUGACAUCUGGCUUACGUGAUCAGGCAUCUGCAGUGAAAAUAGAAGUGGAAGAAGAAGAGGAAGAAGAUGAUGACACUGAAGAGAGCUCAAGUGAAGAGGAGAAGGAAGAAAAGUUGCCGCGAAGAAAGAGCAUGAGACCACAGAGGAAAAGGAACAGGGAUGUCAUCAAUGAGGAUGACCCACCUCCUGAACCUGAGGAUGCAGAAACUAGAAAAGCGAGGGAAAAAGAGAGGAGAAGGAAGAUGAAGAGAGGAGCAGAUGAAGAUGAUGAAAUUGAUGAAGAGGAAUUGGAGAGAAUGAAGGCAGAGUUAGAUGAAAAAAGGCAAGUCAUUGCUACAGUCAAGUGUCAACCAUGGAAGAUGGAAAAGAAGAUCCAAGUCCUUAAGGAAGCCAAAGAAUUUGUAAGUGCAAAUGAAGGGGCACUUGGAAAAGGAAAGGGAAAACGAUGGUUUGCAUUCAAGAUGAUGAUGAAAAAAAAAUGGGCAAAAUUUCUUCGUGAUUUUGAAAUCUUCAAGCAGGCAUGUAUACCAUGGGAAAAUAAAAUCAAAGCUGUUGAAAGCCAGUUUGGGUCAUCAGUUGCCUCUUACUUUCAUUUCUUGCGGUGGAUGUAUGGAGUGAAUAUGGUUCUCUUUGUACUCACAUUUAGCCUUAUCAUGUUACCUGAGGCAUUAUGGGGUUUGCCAUAUGGAAGUUUACCUAGGAAAACAGUCCCAAGAGCUGAAGAAGCAACUUCCCAGAACUUUGGUGUGCUAUAUGACUUCAACGGUAUGGCACAAUAUUCUGUCCUCUUUUACGGCUAUUACGACAAUAAACGGACAAUUGGAGCCAUGAAUUUCAGGAUGCCUCUCUCCUACUUUCUGGUGGGAAUCAUGUGCAUUGGAUACAGCUUCCUGAUUGUCAUCAGAACGAUGGCAAAGAACCUUGGUGAGGAUGGAGGAGGGGACGACAACACUUUUAAUUUCAGCUGGAAAAUGUUCACAAGCUGGGACUUCCUGAUUGGUAACCCCGAAACAGCAGACAACAAAUUUAACUCUAUCAUAAUGAACUUUAAGGAAGCUAUUGAUGAGGAAUUUGCAGCCCAAAGGGAAGAAAACGUCCACUUGAUCCGAUUCCUGAGGUUUCUUGCUAACUUCUUCUGUUUCCUCACACUUGGUGCAAGUGGAUAUCUCAUUUUUUGGGCUGUGAAGAGAUCCCAGGAAUUUGCGCAACAAGACCCAGACACCCUUGGGUGGUGGGAAAAAAAUGAAAUGAACAUGAUCAUGUCUCUCUUGGGGAUGUUCUGUCCAACCUUAUUUGACUUAUUUGCUGAGCUGGAAAACUAUCAUCCCCUUAUAGCUCUCAAAUGGCUACUGGGUCGCAUCUUUGCUCUUCUUCUGGGCAACUUGUAUGUAUUUAUUCUUGCCUUGUUGGAUGAGGUUAACAACAAGCUGGAAGAAGAGAAGUUAGUUAUGGCAAACAUCACCAUAUGGGAAGCAAACAUGAUUAAAGCCUUCAAUUCAUCUCAGAGUGAAAAUAGCACUGGUCCACCUUACUUUGUGGAACCUGCUGAUGUACCCAGAGGGCCCUGCUGGGAGACAAUGGUAGGACAGGAAUUCGUGCGACUGACUGUGUCUGAUGUCCUCACCACCUAUGUCACAAUUCUCAUCGGUGACUUUGUAAGAGCCUGCUUUGUCAGGUUUUGUAAUUACUGCUGGUGCUGGGACCUGGAAUAUGGCUAUCCUUCUUACACUGAAUUUGAUAUCAGCGGCAACGUCCUAGCGCUGAUCUUCAAUCAAGGCAUGAUCUGGAUGGGAUCAUUUUAUGCUCCUUGCCUUCCAGCUAUCAACAUACUUCGUCUGCAUACAUCCAUGUACUUUCAGUGCUGGGCUGUGAUGUGUUGCAAUGUUCCUGAAGCCAGAGUCUUCAAAGCCUCCAAGUCUAAUAAUUUUUACUUGGCUAUGCUUCUGCUCAUCCUUUUCUUAUCUACAAUGCCAGUCUAUAUGAUUGUCUCCUUCCCACCAUCUUUUGACUGUGGCCCAUUCAGUGGCAAAAACAGAAUGUUUGAAGUUAUUGGUGAAACUCUGGAGCACGAUUUCCCCAGCUGGUUGGCAAAAAUCUUACGGCAGCUCUCUAACCCUGGACUCGUCAUUGCUAUCAUUUUGAUCAUGGUCUUGACUAUCUAUUAUCUCAAUGCUGCUAGCAAGGUACAGAAACUUGGAAACCUGGAGUUAAAGAAGAAGAUGAAGAUGCAAGCCGAGGAGAAUAAAAUGAGAAACAAAAAAAUGGCAGCUGCCAGAGCAGCAGCUGCAGCAGGUGGCCAGUAA